AUGUUUUCCACAGGAGUCCUUCUCUCUGCUGUCUUGAUUUCAACUGCACUGGCUGGACCAUGGGCUAGUAUCUGUGCUGGCAAGUCUUCCAAUGAGAUCAGGACAUGUGACAGUCACGGCUGUGGCCAGUACACGGCCCAAAGAACUCACAGGCUUCACCAGGGUGUGGAUGUCUUGUGCUCUGAUGGAUCCACCGUGUAUGCACCUUUCACCGGAAUGAUUGUGGGCCAGGAGAAGCCAUAUAAAAACAAAAAUGCCAUUAAUAAUGGUGUUCGGAUAUCUGGAAGAGGUUUCUGUAUUAAAAUGUUCUACAUUAAGCCAAUUAAAUAUAAAGGCUCUAUCAAGAAGGGAGAAAAACUAGGAACUCUACUGCCCUUGCAGAAAGUCUAUCCUGGCAUACAAUCGCACAUACAUAUUGAAAACUGUGACUUGAGUGAUCCUACCGUGUACCUGUAAGUGGAAGACACAUGACCACAUCUUCUAAAUAGAAAACCAACUUCUUAAAAACCUGGAUGCAUAUCCUACUCUUCAAGAAAUCUGUGUCCAAAUAAAAACAUG